CUGCUAUGGCUUUUAUUUUGCAGAUAUGAGGAUGCCUUUAACAGAUUUGUGGAUGAAAUCAACUGUUUAGCUUAUUACCAUUGGUGGGAAGGUUCAGUUUAUAGCAUUUUUUCUGUUUUUAUGUACCCGCUUGCCUGGUCAUGGCUUCAGUUCUGCCGGAAGAAAAAGAUACAACAACUACGUGAAUUUGUUCGAUCAGAAUAUGAUCAUGCUUGCUUGCGCUCUUGCCGUUCACGUGCUUUGUAUGAAGGACUGAAGGUUGCUGCAACUUCUGAUCUAAUGCUUGCAUAUGUGGAUUUUUUCCUUGGCGGUGAUGAAAAAAGGGAUGACCUCCCUCCUCGUCUUCAUCAGAGAUUUCCAAUGUCUGUUGUUUUUGGGGGAGAUGGAUCUUAUAUGGCUCCUUUUUCUCUUCAGAGUGAUAACAUUCUUACUUGCCUAAUAAGCCAGUCAGUUCCACCUACAAUAUGGUACCGACUAGUGGCUGGUCUAAAUGCCCAGUUGCGUCUAGUUCGCCGUGGUCAUUUCAGGGCCACUUUUAAUCCAGUUAUCUGUUGGCUAGAGACACAUGCAAAUCCCACAUUGAAAUCCCAUGGUGUGCGUGUUGAUCUGGCUUGCUUCCAACCUUCAGCUUCUGGUUAUCGCCAGUUUGGACUUCUUGUAUGCGCUAUUGAAAGUGAAGCUUUAAGAUCUGCAGUUGAUAGACCAGAUAAACAUAGCUUACUUGAGAAACAGUCAAGCUUGCCGGGUACUCGUUGGAGGAAAGCACUGGAUCUUGUGAGAGUCAAUGAACCUGCAAUAUCACAUAAAAGGAUAUCUGAAGAAAUUUUGAUCACCAAGAACCUUCGGAUGCUUAAUGAGAAGAUGACUAUUAGUUUUCCUUUCUACUAUAUAAUUCGCAAUACAAAACCCAUAGGACAUCAGGAUCUUGUCGGUUUGGUAACAUCAGUGCUUCUUCUAGGAGAUGUUAGCUUAGUCUUGCUUACUCUGCUUCAGCUAUACUCCAGUUCAGUGUUGGACUUCUUUUUGGUCUUGUUUAUUCUUCCUCUCGGCAUUCUUCUUCCAUUCCCAGCAGGAAUCAAUGCAUUAUUCAGUCAUGGACCUAGGCGCUCAGCAGGUUUCAUGCGUGGAUAUGCACUAUGGAAUAUUACCUCAGUGAUAAAUGUUGUGGUUGCAUUUGUAUGCGGAUUUGUCCAUUUUAAGACCCAAUCCUCAUCAAAUAAAAAGCAUUGGAACAUUCAAUCCUGGAAUUUUACCCUGGAUGAAAGUGGAUGGUGGAUGCUUCCUUCUGGACUGCUCCUGUGUAAAAUAUUCCAGGCGCGGCUGAUUAAUUAUCAUGUGGCAAACCUUGAGGUCCAAGAUCGGACAUUGUACAGUAAUGACCCUGAUGCAUUCUGGAGGUCGUGAACCUGUGUCUCAGAGCUGGCUGCCCAAUAUGUCUUCCCCGUUUCUAACUGUUUUUUGCCUUUGUAUCCUUCAUUAAAUGUGAUCUAAUGGACUGGCCAGUAGUGUACAGGACUGCAAAGUAUGGGGUACUCUUUAGUAGUAGGUAGUUUUUGAAUAUAGAUAAUGAGGGCGUGCAUCAAUUUUUCGUUCUGCAGUCUGUUUUGCGAGUUGUACCAAUGUAGAUAUGUACGUUAUACGUGUACUGGUUCGGGCAUUCUCAUAGACAAAAAAGAAAACAUCGAAUAUGGCAUUGUCAAGUGUGCAGCUUUUUGUUUUUCCUUUCGGCUGAAGCUAAGGAAUGUAAAUGAUUGGAGCAUCCAUUAAGCCGAUUAACUCAA